UGCCCUCAGGACUUUCGUUCAGUUCCUAUAGGAUUUACCUACAAUCAUGCUGUCAAGGUUGAGGAGUCUCCUAAGAAGAGAGAGUGGAGAUCACGGAGAGACCAGAGUGAGGAAGGAGGAAAAUGACCAUAGGUCUCACAGGAAAACAUGGAGAAAUAAAUGGUCCUGGGGAAGACGAAGGACUACUGGGGAGGCACCAUCCAAACUCUCCAUCUUCACUGAGCAGGAGCAACAGAUGAAAGAAAUGGAGGAUCUCACCAUUCAGCUACAGAGUAUAACAUAUGAGCAAAUUGAGCUGGGUGGAUUACUGGACAAUUGUCAUUACAAGGAUUUGAACAACAGGCUGAAUUCACUUGAGAUGCGGGAAAAGGAGCAUAAGCAGGUGAUGUUGGACCUGCAGAAAUGGCCCAUGGAGAUCAGUGAUACCUUGCACAAGUGCAAGCGGCUGAGAGAUGAGAAUGAAUCCUACAGUUACCUUCACAGCCUGGUCCAACGAGAUUUGACUGAGCUGGAAAACAAUGUACAUAUGUUGAGAGUUGAGAAGAGAAAGAUGUGGGAGGAGCAGAUUGAACUGCAAGAGUCCUGUGAGGAGGUGAAGAGACUCUUGAAGGAGAUCCGUGAGAAGAUCUGUGACCCCUGUGUUGUGCAACAGCAGGAGGAAGAAAGCCUGGAUAGAGUGAAGAACCUGGGAAAGCAGAAGGAGCUGAUCACCCAGGAAAGGGACUUGCCAGAAAAGCCAUACAAUCACGUCAAUAUCUCUGAGAUGAGGUCAGAAAAUCUCCAAUCUGAGUUAGAACAGGCCACAGCACAGGAUGAGAGCCUCCUGCCAACAGAGCUGUUGCAGCAAGAGGACUAA